AUGUCUGUGAAAAUGCGUCGGUAUAAUUUACUUAGCGUACGCGGUGAAGGAACGUUCGCUGUUGUCUACUAUGGAAAAGAUACUCUAACGAAUGAUGAAGUUGCUAUAAAGAAGAUUAAAAUUGGUAGUCGACAAGAAGCUGCAGAUGGAAUUAACUUAACUGCACUGAGAGAAAUCAAAUUUCUUCAAGAAGUUAAACAUCCGAAUGUGAUCGAAUUACUUGAUUCAUUCGGUGAAUACGGAUCGAAUAGUCCAAAUAUUUGCUUAGUUUUCGAAUACAUGAGUACUGAUCUCGAGGAGAUCAUCACAAAUCGAAGUAUUCUCCUCACUACGACACAUGUGAAAGCAUAUAUGAUUAUGUUAUUGCUCGGAUUGGAAUAUUUGCAUAAUAAUUGGAUAUUACAUAGGGAUUUGAAACCAAACAAUUUACUGAUUAAUAAACAAGGUGUUUUGAAGAUUGGAGAUUUCGGUUUAGCGAAAUUCUUUGGUUCACCAUCAAGAUUAAUGUCACAUGAAGUAGUCACAAGAUGGUACCGAUCACCUGAGCUAUUGCUUGGUGCGAAGAAGUAUGGCACCGGUGUUGAUCUAUGGGCAGCUGGAUUAAUCAUGGCUGAGUUAAUUCUUCGAACACCCUUAUUACCCGGUGAAUCAGAUCUUGAUCAAUUGUCAAAAAUAUUUGAAGUUUUCGGUACACCAACCGACAGUAAUUGGCCGAUGAUCUUAAUAGGAUACGAACUCGAUGUCUUAGAACGAAUUAUGCAACUUGAUCCAAAACGACGGCCAGAUGCGAGUCAAACUCUCCAAAUGGAAUAUUUCAGUAAUCCUCCAGCUCCAUGCCCAUCCGAACGCCUACCAAAACCCAAAGAACUUCGGCAAACCGAACAGCAAAAGCGAAAGAUGGAUAAAAUCGAUGAUAAAUCUGUCACAGCUAAAAAAGAACGUCAAUAA